AUGAAAUUAUUAAAAUCAAUUGAUUUAUACGGUAAAGUUCCAAAAGGAUUGGCUGAGCCUACAAGUUCAGGAGCUGUUGUUUCAAUCAUAACUUUGAUAUUACUAGCAUUAAUGAUCAUCAAUGAAGGGAUUGAGUAUAUUACAAUUGAUGUUCAAUCAGAAAUCAUCGUGGAUCAAAAAUUAUCAAAAGAUAGAGUUUAAGUGAAUUUAGACAUUAAGUUUAUAAAGGCUCCUUGCGAUUUUUUAGAAAUAGAUCAAUAAGAUGCAAUGGGAUAGAGUUUGUCCCAAUAGUUCAUGGAAUUAAAAUACUAUAGACUGGAUUCUAAUGAAAGGAGGAUUAGUGAAUAUACCAGAAACUCUAAUAAUUGGGUUGAAAUAGAAGAUGCCAGAACAGCAAUAAAUGAAAAGUAAGGAUGCGAAGUUAUUGGAAAUCUGAAGGUUAAUAGAGUUAGAGGCAAGAUAUCAUUUGGAGCUCAUCGAUCUUAUUCUUACAUAGGGGCAGUUGGCAAUCUAAAUCUUCCAUUAGAUUAUUCUCACAAAUUUGUAUCCUUUUCUUUUGGAGAUGAAGAUGCUCUUAAGAAAGUCAAGAGUUUGUUUUAGCAAGGUUAAUUAGAUAGUUUUGCUGGUACUUAAAGAAUUAAAAAGCCUGAAUUGGCUAGUUAAUCAAUGUAACAUGAACACUUCAUUAGCAUCAUUCCAACUCAUUAUACAUUGUUAAAUAAAUAAGUAUAUUCAGUCUACUAGUAUACAGCCAAUCACAAUGAAGUGAGAUCAAAUAAUUAUGGUAAUGUUCAAUUAAGAUAUGACUUUGCUCCAACAACUGUCACUUAUUGGUAAACAAAAGAGGACAUUUUGCAUUUCUAUGUUCAAAUAUGUGCGGUUAUUGGAGGAAUAUUCACUGUAUCAAGCAUGAUUGAGGCAUGCGUUUAUAAAGUAAUGAGGAUGCUAUUAAAAGUCGAAUGA